CACGACCAUCCCAUCCCGAAGCUGAUGGCAGACGCGGAGGAGAAGUUCAAGGCAAAGCUGGCUAGGCAGAGUACGACGUUGGACGCUGCGGUUGCGGAGUAUCGGAGGCGCUACACCAGGGAGCCGCCCAAGGGAUUCGACGCAUGGUUCGCGUUUGCGCAGAAGAAUGGUUUCAAGAUGAUGGAUGAGUUUGAUGGGCUGAUGGAGGACUUUGAGCCGUUUCAUGCACUUUCGGGGGUCGAGUUCAGGCGGAGGGUACAGCAGGUCAGUUCGUUACCUUCCAUCGACAUCGUCCGAGUGCGGAACGGAAAAGGUUCCGCAGUCAACAUGGAGAAGGGCUUUGACGAUUCUGAAGCGAGUGCUCGUGCCCAUGGAUUCAGACGAAUGAUCGAGCCAUUUCAAAGCACACUACCCGACCUAGAUUUUCCCAUUAAUGCAAAGGCCGAGGGCAGGAUCCUAGUCCCCUGGGAGCACCAAAAGUACCCUAACCUCACCUAUCAAGACUCCUCCGGCGGUGUAAAGUCCAUGUUGGGCGACUUCACUCCCGACUGGCGCGGCACCGGCAACGUCUGGGAGGCGUACCGGCGUACCUGUGACCCGGCGAGCGCGGCGCGGCGCGUCUUCAGCUCGCUCCGACCGUCAGUCGUCAACCGGACGACGCGGGCGCUCUACUCGGUCGAGUCGGACCCCGCGCAGGAGUUCUCGUUCGCCGAGAGCACCGACGCAAACUACUCGUUUUGCGAGAACCCGUGGGCGCAUUACUACCAGGGCCACUUCUUCUCGGACUGGCGCACGAUUCCGGUGCUGUAUCCCGUGCUGUCGCCCGCGAAGAGCGUCGGUUUCGGCGAUAUCAAGAUUCCGAGCCAUUACUAUCAUGGGUCGACGCCGAAGUACACGUAUGGCUGGGACUCCGUGAAUAUGAUCCUGAAAGACGUGGAUGACAUGGAGAUGCCCUGGGAGCAUAAGACCGACAAGAUCUUUUGGAGGGGUGCUACGACCGGCGGUGGAAGCUCGCCUCCUGGUUUUUCGCACCAAUACCAGCGUCAACGGUUUGUCAAGAUGGUGAACGACAUGUCCAAGACGGAACACACGGUCGUCUUCCCCGAUCCCUCAGGCUCGGGCCAGUACCUGUCCUCGGUCGUGCCAGCUUCCGCGCUCAAUAGCGAACUAAUGGAUGUGGCCUUCACCGUCGCUGUCGAUGCGGACAACUAUCCCGGCGGCUGGGAGGCUAUGCAGCGGGAACUCCGGUUUUCCGACCCUGUACCGCUCGGUGAACAUUGGGCGCACAAGUACCUAAUAGAUGUCGAUGGGAUGAGUUAUUCGGGGCGGUUCAUGGCCUUCUUGGCUUCGGACAGCGCUGUCAUCAAGUCGACGGUCUAUCAGGAAUUCUUCUCAGACUGGAUACAACCUUGGCUCCACUUCAUCCCUCUUUCUUCGACGUACAAGGAGAUCUACAACAUCCACGCGUAUUUCUCCGGACCAUCACAGGCAGCGCUCGAGGCUGCCAACGUCACUUCUCCACAUGAGCGGCCAGCUCUGCAUGACGGUGACAGACGGCUACGUCGAAUAGCUCGAGCCGGGAAGCACUGGAAGCGCAUCCUUGGGCGAAAGGUAGACAUGGAAGUCUAUGUUUACAGGCUAUGUCUGGAAUACGCUCGUUUAUGGGCUGAUGACCGGGAUUCCAUGAAUUACGUUCCCUCAUAAGUUAUUGCAUUAUUCUCUAUAAUUUCGGAGCAUCCUAGACGACCUACAUAUCCAUGCAUGUAUCAACAGAUCAUCACUAUAAUCCUUCUUUAGUUUUACAUUGUCGUCGUCAUACAGCAUACCUACGAGCAGACUGUUGUACCUCGUGUUAAACAUCCAUCGACCACAG